AUGGAAACCGAAGUAAACAACCAACUGGCCUUCCUCGAUGUGCUUGUCAAGAGAAAUGGCGACCUCUUGGAUCACACGGUGUAUCGAAAACCCACUCAUACAGACCGGUACUUACAAAAACUUACAAAUGACCAUCCAAGCCAAAAACAGGGGAUUAUCGGAACAUUAGCAAAUAGGGCAAGACGUAUCUGUGCUAAUGAACACAUCCAAGAGGAACUAAGUCAUUUAAAUAAAGCCUAUCUUGCCAGUGGCUAUAAUGAUAGAGAAAUAAAGGCGGCGCUGGCACCUAGGCAGAGGAGACCUGCCGUCAAUGAACAGGAAAACAUCAUUAAUAAGGCCUUCCUUCCAUAUGUUUCCCAGGUCACCGAUAGGAUUGGUAAAGUUCUCAAGAAGCAUAACAUCAAAACCAUAUACAAACCUACCCGGAAAAUAAGGGACUGCCUAAGACCAGCCAAAGACAAAAGAGAUCCAUUAUCCUCUGCAGGGAUCUACCGUAUACCUUGUUCCUGCUGUAGCGUAUAUAUUGAAACUACCAAACGCUCAGUAGGAACGAGACUUACAGAACACAAGAACAAGGAGCAAACAUACCUCUGA